GUUUGUGUAGAACUCGGUUUUGAUGCAGCAGGAUAGGUGGAGGGCCUCGGCUGCUGCAGCUGCUGGCAGCGCUGCCCAGUCAGCGUCGUCUCCUGCGCGGAAGGGAGUGUUCGUCAGCCUGUAUCGGGAGUUCCCCGACAUCACCAUGCCCGUGCGGGACUUUAAGGAUUAUGCCAUAGCAAGGCUCAAGGGUACCCACGCACACAUACAGCACACACUUCUCCCGUAGAGUGGAUGGAUGGUGCUGUGUGUCGUGCUGGUCUGAUGUAUCCGCCUCUGUCAGUGUUGAAGGACAUCGAGCGCAUCUACUGCCUGGACGCCACAGCCCUGGACUUCGGCGGGGAUGUCGACAUGGGUAGGUACGGUCAGCUGGUGCGGCAGCGGGAGGAUAGGGUCAUGCGGUCGCUCUACGAGCAUGGUCUGGCCGUCGAGGACCCUAACGGGCCCUUGUCAACAGAGCGGGCCAAGGAGUGUGACGAGCACUCGCACUUCACACUCAGACUGGUGUAA